UGGACCACGACGACCACGAGGAAUUCACGACUUAGACACGACCACGACAAUGUACGACUGGCUGGCGACGCUGGGCCUCGUAUUUGGCGGGUGCUGCAGCAAUGCCGUCAGCCUUGAGCAGCUUACCUCCGACUACCCCUCCGCUGGAUCCCUCAUUACCUUUUUCCAGUUCUCUAUCAUUUCAUUAUACGGUCUCCCAAAGCAUAUCAUCUGGACCUCUUACGGACCUCGUCUUGCACCAACUAGAAUUCCCAUCUCUCGUUAUCUUAUUCAGGUUGCUCUGUUUUAUAUCAUAUCCCUCUUGAACAAUGCCGCUUUUGCAUACCAGAUACCUAUGUCUGUGCAUAUAAUAUUCCGGAGCGGGGGCUUGGUUGUUAGCAUGAUACUAGGGUGGUCUGUCGCUCGUAAAAAGUACAAUAUACACCAAGUUUUAUCCGUCCUUCUCGUCACACUGGGUGUGGUCUGUACAACGCUAUCCGCAUCCAAUUCAUCUUCCAAUGAUUCUAAUAUGGGCCUCAACACAUAUCUGACAGGCAUAUGCAUUCUAUCGCUAGCCCUCAUCCUCUCUGGCUUUCUCGGUCUCGUCCAGGACCACACAUACUCCCAAUACUCCGGCGCGUCGGCAUGGAAAGAGUCCAUGUUCUACCUCCACUUCCUAGCCCUUCCCAUGUUUUUUCUCCUUCGAAAUGACCUUGCAACGCAAUUUCACCUUAUCCACGCUGGGCCAAAGAUAUCAUCUAUAUUGAUACCCACCGCUUACCCUGCCCUCCUCCUCAACACUCUCACGCAGCUCGUCUGCGUCUCCGGUGUGAACCGCUUGACAACGCGGGUUAAUUCACUUACCGUCACACUCGUUCUCGUUGUCCGCAAAGCUGUUAGCCUUGUUCUGAGCGUAGCGAUGCGCCAGACGACUAACAACGUUGAUAUGCGUCUUUUGUGGGCCGGUGCGGCUAUGGUUCUCUUAGGGACCAUAUGGUACUCUCUGGGAGGAAAGAAGCCAAAGCCCAAGAAGGAGUAGCCACAAAUUGUACCAGUGAUUCGUUUGGAUACUAAUCAGAAAUCAUUGCGCCUAUGUCAUGUGGUCGUUGUGCCUUCGAUAACCACGCCACUUAGUAUUCUGUUUACCC